AUGGAAGGAAGGUCCAAGCUGAGGUAUUUGAAUUCGCUUGAAAUUGAAAGAGAUACAGUUUCAGAUGUUUCUGAAAAGAAGAAGUUUUUUCUGACAUUUCCUAUGCCUUAUAUGAAUGGAAGGUUGCAUCUUGGACACCUGUUUUCUGUGUCGAAGGCAGACUUUUUCAGCUACUACAAGGAGAUGGAGGGCUACAAUGUUCUGUUUCCAUUUGUGUUCCACUGCACGGGUAUGCCGAUAAGCGCAUCGGCAAAAAAGCUUAAAGAGGAGCUGAGUGGAGGAGAAGUGGAUCUUUCCGUGGAGAAGAUUAUAAAGGACCUUGGGUUUGAAGAUGCCAGGCCGUUUACAGAUCCCAUCCAUUGGGUAAGGACAUUUCCAGACCUGUGCACAAACUCUUUGAAAAGGUUCCACGGAAACAUAGACUGGAGAAGGUCGUUCAUAACCACCGAAAUCAAUAAGUACUAUGAUUCAUUCGUCAAGUGGCAGUUCAACAGGUUGAAUGGAUUGGGGUAUCUAUCCUUCGGAAAAAGGCACUCCAUAUUCUGUCCGAUAGAUAAGCAGACAUGCUUAGACCAUGAUCGUAGGAAAGGAGAGAAUGUGAAGCCCAUUGCCGUUGUCUUGUGCAAGCUGGUGUUUGAGGCAGGGGUUCUUCUUGCAAGAAUCAAGGAGGGCUGUGCGCCGUUGAAGGCAGUUGCUGGAAGGCAAAGUGAUUUUGUAGAGUUUGAGUACAAUGGACAGAAUUAUUUCGCAGAGAAGGAUAUUUUCGAGAAUAUGGAUGCUCAAGUGUGUGGAAUAAAUAGAAAAAGGUCUGUGAAAGGAGAUUUCUUCAUUGGCAAGCAAUUUGAGUCAUUUGGAAAUGAAGUAAAGUGUGAUAUCAUUGAAAGAGAUCUGCCCUGCAGCAUUAAGGGUAUACAAAGCAAGAAGGAUAGCGAGUUGAUAGAGCAUGUGAAGAAGGAAAUUGAAUUUAUCAAUAAGGUUGAAAAUACCGAAAUACGCCUUGCAGAAACAAAGUAUCUUUUGAAGUUCUACGAGCCUGAAGAGGAAGUUAUAAGUAGGUCUGGAGGAAAAUGCAUUGUUGCUUUGACUGAUCAGUGGUAUAUAGACUAUGACAAUGCCGAGUGGAAGAGGAGGGUCAAGGAAUGCAUUGACGGAAUGGUCUGUACCGAUGAUACAAGAGCGAUUUUAGAAGAGGCAUUGGAAUGGAUAGGAAAGUGGGGGUUUUCACGAUCAUUUGGACUUGGGACGAGAAUUCCUUGGGAUGAAAGAUACCUCAUUGACUCUCUUAGUGAUAGCACUAUUUACAUGGCAAUGUGCACCUUCAAACACUUUUUGUACAAGGAUUUGGAAGGGAAGGAGGAGAUAUUCCCAAGCAGCAAGCUUUCUGAUGAUGUGUGGAAUUACAUAUUCCUCAACCAAAGCGCAACAGGGGAGCUCAGGGACUUCGAGGAAAUACUAAGUAGUUGUAGGGAGUCAUUCAACUACUUCUAUCCUGUUGAUCUUCGUGUAAGUGGAAAGGAUUUACUGAAGAAUCAUCUCAUUUUCUUCUUGUUCAACCAUGUGGCUUUGUUUGAAAAGAAGCAUUGGCCAAGAAGAAUAUUUACAAAUGGAUAUCUCAUGCUGAACUCUGAAAAGAUGAGCAAGAGUUCGGGGAACUUUUUGACUGUUGAUGAGUCUCUAGAUAAGUUCGGCGUAAGCUCGACAAGGAUGUGCUUGGCAGUGUGUGGAGAUACAAACGAGGAUGCAAACUUUGUGGAAUCCAAUGCGAAUGCUUUUACUCUUAAGCUUUACUCAUAUGUAAAAAUGAUUGAGGAGCUGUGCGCUGGGAAGGACUUUAAUCCUUGCAUCUUGGGUCUCAUGAGAAAGUAUGGAGAGAUGGGCUUUGCAGACAAAUUCCUCCUACAGACGAUUUCUAUGAAUGUUGCACAUACUAUUCGCGCACAUGAAGAUAUGGUUUACAGAGAUGUGGUAAAGUAUGGAUUCUACGAAAUGAUACAUGCAAAAGAAAUGUAUCACAUUCUUGGGGGAACCAAUGACGAGAUUGUGUUUUUACUUUACAAGAGCAUGACUCAGCUGCUGUAUCCCAUCAUACCCUCAUUGGCACGGCAUCUGAUAGAAACAUAUUUUCACUCAAGCUUCUCUCUUCCUGCUCCAUUUUUGUCUGAUACAUCUGAGGUUGAUGCUGUUUCCCAUCUUAAGAACACUCUAAAGAGGCUGGUGACGCAAAAGAGAAAAAGAAAGUGCGAGGCUGUCGAGAUAUUGGUCGGGGUUGAGUAUUCCAAGUGGAAGAGGAGAUGCAUGAACAUCAUCGACCAGAUAAUUUGCGAGUGCAAGAUUUUGAACAUCAAUGUUUCUGAGGAAAUGAAGAAAAGUGAGUCUCACCUCUCAUCAAAGGCAAUAAAUGCCAUUAGAGAGGUUCUUAAGGAGUUUGGAGUACCUGAGAAAAAGGGCAUCCUAUUUUCGAUGGACUAUCUCAACCAUCCAGAGAACUAUUCAAUGAAAUUCAAUGAAUACGAGGUCCUAAAAACAUACAAGCGCUACAUUGAGGACAACACCGGGCUUGAAGUUAUGGUCUGCGUCAGCCCUAGGGCCGACCCUGGGGCUCCCCUGUUUGAGUUCAAAUAA